AUGAUGGGUUCGUGGGAGGUUUUGGGCGCUUGCGUUCCCUCUUGGAGCCAAAGACAUUUGCCCUGUCCCUAUGGAUUUCCGGUGCCGCUGCCAGCCUCUGACUUCACCCUACCGGAGCAAGUCUCCUGGGCUGAUGUGUGUGCCGCUCUGUUUUGCACCUUGCCCUUCGACUGGUCCCUGCUUUGGUUCACAGCCCUCCUCCUUUGCUGUGGCCUGCGGGAAGUCUUUCUGGGGCUGCUGAUCUUCCUGGAUAACUUGGUGAUCGUGGUGCUGCAGAAUUUGAUCCAGCAGCCACGGCCGAAGGAGAGCUGCCUCACUUCCUGCGGAAUGCCCAGUGGUCAUGCAGUGAUUUGCACGUCAUUGACGUGCUGGAUAUCUUGCGAGUCUGCACAAAGACUGCAGCACUCGAAGGGAGUCAUGGUGAUUCUCCUCGUCAUGGGAAUCCACCUCCCAGUCCUUUGGGCCAAAGUCCACCUCCACGAUCAUACCACUACCCAGGUCUUUUCUGGUGCUAUGGCAGGUGCAGCCGCAGCAUGGCCUGGCUCUGCAGGGGCCUGCCAGAUAACUUCCACAGAGAGGAGGAUGGAUACGUUACUCUUUGUGGCUGAUGGUCCUGAUGGAAAAGAGAUGAGCGACUCAUACAUGGCAAAUGAUGCGCUUCCAUGUUGUUCCCAUGUCUCGGUGUGGCUCAAGUGCUCCUGGCUUUGGAGACGGAGUCUGCUAGCUCGAGGCGAGCCAAGACAGUUUCCUCUGGCCAAACCUUUUGUGCAUGGCUGUGAUUCUCGAGAUGAUGUGCUCAACGUUGUCUGA